AUGGCGGACGUCACUAAGAAAGUGAGCGUGGCUGAACUGCGGAAGAGCGAGGAUGUGAAGCCUAUCAAGAAGACGCCGGUCCGGUUACAAACACAAGCGACAUCUGGCGUACGAUUAAACAUGAUGCAAAUGUUUGGUCAUGUCAUAAAGACUGAUGGGGCACUGGGGCUGUACAAAGGCAUAUCCGCAGCCCAACUUCGCCAAGGAACCUACAGCAUGACACGCUUCGGUGUCUACGAAGCCCUUAAAGACCGCAUGACGACCGCUGACUCGAAACCCUCGUUCCUGACACUCGUCGGCAUGGCCUCUAUAUCAGGCUUUCUCGGAGGCUUCGCCGGUAACCCAGGAGACAUUCUGAAUGUACGGAUGCAACAUGAUGCAGCAUUACCGAGAGAGAAGCGACGAGGAUACAAGAAUGCGAUCGACGGGAUAAUACGAAUGUCGCGGGAAGAAGGAGUAGCAAGUCUGUGGAAAGGCGUCUGGCCCAACUCGUCAAGAGCUGUGCUCAUGACUGUGGGUCAACUAGCAACAUACGAUGGAUUUAAGCGCGUGUUGCUGAAUUACACGCCGCUGCAAGACAACCUCGCAACACACUUCACUGCAUCGUUCUUGGCAGGAUUCGUAGCUACGACGAUAUGCUCGCCGGUAGAUGUCAUCAAGACGAAAGUCAUGAGCUCUAGCGAGAACGUUGGGCUCAUAAAGACUGUUUCAGAUACUAUGAGAGCAGAAGGAUUCCGUUGGAUGUUCAAGGGCUGGGUACCGAGCUUCAUCCGUGUUGGACCCCACACCGUGCUCACGUUCUUGUUUUUGGAGCAACAUAAGAAGGUCUACCGGCAACUGAAGAAGCUUGAGUAG